GUCGUUUCGCAUUUGUAUGAGCCGGGGGCGUCGUUGUCUAAUUUCAUUUUUACUUGACCAUAUCUCCAACGAAAGUGAGAUUUGACUUGCAAAAGAAAGUUCAACAAUUGUUCUUACAAAUUUAAAGAAAAUGGCAAGUGUUUUGAGUGCAUUUAUUGUUGUUGUCACGUUGCUGGGCGUGAGUUUGGCUGCUGAAGAAGGGUUUACGCUGCCUCCAGUUGAAUACAAGCCCAUCACCAAAUUGGCCGCCGAUAUACCGACCUGCCGCCAAGAAGAUGCAAAUAUAAAUGAGUGCAUUAAGCAGGGAUUCCAGCAGCUGACGCCACGCCUGAAAAAUGGCAUCAGUGAUCUGAAUAUACCACCAAUGGAUCCCUUCCUGCUGGGCAAGAGCUCGUACAACUACAACUCGGGCGUGCUGCAGGGCCGCAUUGCCAUGAGGAAUGUGGUGGUGCAUGGUCUCAGCGAGGGCAUUAUCGACAAGGUCGACUAUCGUCUGAAGAACAAUCAUGUACGCCUGGAGAUGCUCAGCCAUAUACCGCAGAUGCUGGCUGAGGGUGCCUACAAGGCGGACAUCAAACUGAACGACAUGAAGAUAACUCCAAAAGGCACCUUCAACAUUACGCUGACCAACGUCAGCAUGAAAUCGCGCUCCUCGGGCGAACUAUACGAGCGAGACGGUCACACUUAUUUGCGUCUGGCCAAGCUCGAAGCGGAGCCGAAAGUGGGUGACAUGCGCAUCUAUGCCAAUGGCCUGGUGCCCGAUCCAGCGUUGAAUGAUGUCAUUCUGGACUUUAUCAAUCAGUACUGGCGCCAGCUAUAUCAGGCUAUGCUACCCGAAACUAUGGCCAUUUGGGAGCCACUAAUGCUCAAAGCGGGCAAUGAUUUCUUUGCUGCCCUGCCAUUCGAUUUGCUUGUCACAAAGGAUUAAGUCCGUUGCAAUCUCUGGUGUGCUGAUGCAAUCAUAUUAUUGGUAGAAGCGUUAUUCAAUAUGUUAACUUAGUUAGUAGACAAAUAAAAUCAACAAUUAUAAUUAAGAGAAAA